AUGCCUUCAGCCAUCUCCAACGGUGCGGCUGAGCCCAACAUCGUGGGCGGCAACGCUCAGGCCCGUCCUCGCCUGAGCAAGCCGCUCGUCUACUCCGGCACGCUGGAUAGCUACAAGAGCGCGGACAUCACCCCUGUCAUCGGCCGGGAGUACGAGGGCCUUCAGGUAGUCGAUCUGCUCAAGGCUGACGACCAGGUCAUCAAAGACUUGGCUGCCACAAUCUCCCAACGCGGUGUCGUCUUCCUGAGAGACCAGGAUGUGACUCCAACUCAAAUGAAGGACUUUUGCCUCCGCCUCACAGAGCUUGCCGGAUGUCCCGAAUCGUCAGGCCUUCACAUCCACCCCUUGACGGAGGAGGGCAGCGAGCUCGGUGACCAGAUUAGCGUCAUCAGCAGCGAGAAGCAGAAGAAGGGAGGCGGCCUCACUCACCAAUUGAGCGAUGUCAGCCGAUUCGCCAGCGCCGGCUGGCACACCGACAUCUCUUUCGAGCAAGUCCCCUCGGACUACGCAAUGUUGAAGAUCCACACCCUGCCCCCGACCGGUGGUGACACUCUGUGGGCUUCUGGCUAUGAGAUCUACGACAGACUCUCCCCUGCCAUGCAGACCUUCCUGGAAGGGCUGACGGCCACCCACGACGCCACAUUCUUCCACGAUGAGGCGAGAAGGCUGGGCAACCCCCUCCGCGAGGGCAUCCGGGGCUCGCCGCUGAACAAGGGCAGCGAGCUCAAGUCCAUCCACCCCGUCAUCCGGACCAACCCCGUUACUGGAUGGAAAUCUGUCUACGUUAACAAGGGCUUCACCAAGCGUAUCAACGGCGUCACCAAGGACGAGUCCGACGUCCUCCUCAACUACCUCUUCAACCUCGUCACCCAAAACCACGACGCUCAGGUCCGCUUCAAGUGGCGCAAGAACGACCUGGCCAUCUGGGACAACAGGAGCAUGUGGCACUGCGCUACUUACGACUACGUCGAGGCCAGAGCCGGUGACCGCGUGGCAUCUUUGGGAGAGGCUCCCUACCUUGACUUGAAGAGCACGGGCAGAAGGGAGGCGCUGGGACUGUAA